AUGGGCCUCAGUGGCAACUGGCAGCUGUAUGCGAGCCUCGCGGUGAUUGUCGCGUAUGUGUUGAGGGUCGUGAUCCGAGCCCGAAACACUGCGCUGGCUGAUAUACGCGGUCCUGCUCGAUCGUCUCUCCUGCUGGGUAAUGAGAGCGACAUUCGGUACCAGAAUGAAGUCGGCAACGUGGAGUUCCCCUGGCUCCGCGAGUAUGGUGGCGCGUGGAAGGUUCAUGGACCUUUAGGCGAUGAGAGACUGAUGCUCGCAGACCCGAAGGCCUUGCAGUACGUCUUACAGACGUCUAGCUACCGUUACCCCAAGCGGGCCGAUGUUCGUGCACAUCAGCGUAUGAGAACUGGUGAUGGGGUAGUCUGGGCACACGGCGAACAACAUCAGCGGCAGCGCAAGAUUAUGAACCCUGCGUUCUCUGUUCCUCAACUCAAAUCCUUCAUCCCUCUCUUUCAACGCUACGCACAAAAGCUAGUGCAAAAGUGGAGGGAAGAAGAAGCUGGUCAGGAACGUGUCUUGGACGUGCAUAAAUGGCUUUCUCGCACAACCCUGGAUAUUAUCGGAGACUCGGGCUUCGGUUUCGAGUUCAACUCCUUAGACAACGCCCAAAGCGACCUUAGCAACGCUUACCACAAUUUAUAUGCAUCAACUCUUUAUCCGCCGCGAUGGGAUCUAGCCUUCCGCUAUUUAUGGAACUUUCUGCCUCCCAGCGCGUCCUGGUAUCUUCGGUAUCUGCCUGGUCAAGAGUACAGGCGUUUCCGGCACUACCAAGAAUUCGUCAGCGCAUACGGACGCAAACUUAUGGUUCAGGCUCAAGCACGGAACGUAAAGGGUACCGGCAAGGAUAUCAUGAGUAUCCUGUUGCGUGCGAACGAAGCCGAAGAAGUCAAACUCAAGCUGAGCGACGCGGAAGCCGUCGACCAGAUCUCCGUGCUCCUUCUGGCAGGUCAUGAGACAACCGCCAGUAGCUUAACAUGGUGGUUCUAUGAGAUGGCACGCCAGCCGGAGUGGCAACAACGUGUGCGGGAAGAAAUACGUGCGGUCCGCCGGCUGGUCGCCCAGCGAGGCGAUGUCGAAUUUUCUGUCGGUGACUUUGAUAGCAUGUCUGUCAUGCAUGCCACCCUGAAGGAGUCUAUGCGCCUUCAUCCUAUUGUAUGGCAGCUUUCACGCACGGCAGAAGCCGACGAUGUGAUCCCACUCGCGACACCGAUCAUAUCGAGAUCAGGAGAACAGAUAGCAUCCAUCCCGAUACGCAAGGGGCAAAACGUUGAGAUAUCCAUCUGCGCCUACAACCGUAACCCUGAUGUUUGGGGCAUCGAUGCGGACUCUUGGAACCCGGAUAGAUUCAUGGUAGGAAAGCCUGGCACGACCAGUGUCGGGCUAUAUGCGAAUCUACUGAACUUUUCGGCCGGAAUCCGUGGUUGCAUCGGUUGGAGGUUCUCAGUGCUCGAGAUGCAAGCCAUUGCUGCGAUAGUGAUCGAGAACUUCGAGUUCGCGCUCCCGCCUCAGACCCAGAUUGAGCGCAAGCCAACGAUCGUUAUGGCGCCUAUGACACCCGGUCGCUCUGGUGUGUGGAUGGGUUUGGAAAUCAAGAGCUGUGCGCCGUCGACGUAG